AUGCAACUACGCAGCCGAGCCGUUGCCGAGUCCAAGCACAUUGUGCGCACCGUGCGCUCGCCGCGGUUCGCGAGCUCCAAGCGCGGAAGCGAGGCUGCGCCAAAGCUAGAGCCUAGCGCGACCAAGGUACACGUCAAGCGCGAGCCGCUGAUCAAAGCGGAGCCCGAACCUCCAACGACGCCCAAGACGCCAACGACGCGGUCCAAGCGCAAGGCCAAGGUCGAGCCAUUACUAGCAGACGAAGCAAUCCCUCUCGAGAAGCUUGGGAUUCAUGACGAUGUGGCCAAGCCGCCCGAUGGCGAUGUCAAGGUCAAGAAGCAGAAGGCCGAGCGCGCAAACUGGGAGCAAGUGUGGGACGGCAUUGCGUUCAUGCGCGCCGAGCGCACGGCUGCUGUCGACAACCAAGGUUGCGAGUCGUUCAACGACCCGUCGCUGGCCCCUCCUCUUCGCCGCUUUCAUGUGCUCGUGGCAUCCAUGCUAAGCAGCCAAACCAAAGAUCCGGUCACGGCUGCCGCCAUGGAGCGUCUCAAGAAGCACGGGCUCACGGUGGCCAACAUCCUCGCCACCGACGGCAACGAGCUCGCACAGCUCUUACGCCCCGUGGGCUUCUUCAACAACAAGGCCACGUACCUCCACAAGACUUGCGCCAUUCUGCAGGACAAAUACGACUCGGACAUUCCGCCAACGUUUGACGAACUCAUGGCGCUACCCGGCGUCGGGCCCAAAAUGGCCCAUUUGACCAUGUCGGCUGCCUGGGAAAAGACCGUCGGUAUCUGCGUGGACGUGCACGUGCAUCGCAUCUCGAACCGCCUCGGGUGGGUCAAAACGUGGAACAAGCAAAACCCCAAGAGCCAAGACCCCGAAAAGACGCGCAAGGAGCUCGAAGACUGGCUUCCGUACGACAAAUGGAACCCUGUGAAUGCGAUGCUCGUCGGGUUUGGCCAAGAGGUCUGUCAUCCACUGAACCCGCGCUGCGACGUCUGCACCGUCUCGCACUUGUGCCCGUCGGCGUUCAAAAAGGUGUCCCCGUGA